AUUGCAAAGCUAACGGUAACUGCAAUUUUUAGACCCAACGUGUAAGGUCUAUCUUUGACAUUAAGAAUGGAUAUAAGUUAACAAUGACUGGGGAGAAAAAGAAGAAAAAGCGGCUGAACCGCAGCAUUCUUCUGGCCAAGAAAAUUAUUAUAAAAGAUGGAGGCAGUCCUCAGGGGAUCGGUGAGCCCAGUGUGUACCAUGCGGUGGUGGUCAUUUUCUUGGAGUUUUUCGCCUGGGGCCUUCUCACUACACCGAUGCUCACGGUGUUACAUCAGACAUUCCCCCAGCACACAUUCCUGAUGAAUGGGCUUAUUCACGGUGUCAAGGGCUUGCUGUCAUUCCUCAGCGCUCCGUUGAUUGGAGCUCUGUCAGACGUGUGGGGCCGCAAGUCGUUUCUGCUGCUCACUGUGUUCUUCACCUGUGCACCCAUCCCCCUCAUGAAGAUAAGCCCGUGGUGGUACUUUGCAGUCAUCUCCAUGUCUGGAGUGUUUGCCGUCACCUUCUCUGUGAUCUUCGCGUACGUGGCAGAUAUCACACAGGAGCACGAGAGGAGCACAGCGUACGGCCUGGUGUCAGCCACGUUUGCAGCAAGCCUGGUGACAAGUCCAGCCAUCGGGGCGUACCUGUCUGUCACCUACAACGACACGCUGGUGGUGAUCCUGGCCACGGCCAUCGCACUGCUGGACAUCUGCUUCAUCCUGGUGGCGGUGCCUGAGUCUCUGCCUGAGAAGAUGAGGCCGGCGUCUUGGGGAGCCCCCAUAUCCUGGGAACAGGCCGACCCCUUUGCUUCUCUGCGUAAAGUGGGUCAGGAUUCCACGGUCCUCCUCAUUUGUAUAACAGUCUUCCUGUCGUACCUGCCUGAAGCCGGCCAGUACUCCAGCUUUUUCCUCUAUCUCAGACAGGUCAUUGGAUUCUCCUCGGAGACUGUUGCUGCCUUCAUUGCAGUGGUGGGAAUUCUCUCCAUCUUGGCUCAGACGGUGGUGCUGGGGAUUCUGAUGCGGUCCAUAGGGAAUAAGAAUACCAUCUUGCUGGGCCUUGGUUUUCAGAUCUUGCAGCUGGCCUGGUAUGGCUUUGGCUCCCAGCCCUGGAUGAUGUGGGCAGCAGGAGCAGUGGCUGCUAUGUCCAGCAUCACCUUCCCAGCAAUCAGUGCCAUAGUGUCACGCAACGCUGACCCUGACCAGCAAGGUGUGGUACAGGGCAUGAUCACAGGAAUCCGUGGACUGUGUAACGGACUGGGACCAGCGCUCUAUGGUUUUGUCUUCAACCUGUUCCACGUAGAACUUAAUGAGCUCUCUCCCGAAAGUCAGGACAAGGGCACCAAACCCAACAUGGCCAACCCCACUGAUGAGGUGAGUGUCAGUGCCAUCAUCCCUGGACCUCCAUUUCUGUUUGGAGCGUGCUCAGUGCUGCUGUCUCUGCUGGUGGCGCUCUUCAUUCCUGAACACAACGGGCUGAGCCUGCGGCCCGGCAGCUAUAAGAAGCACAACAACGGGGCUCAGAGCCACGCCCACAGUCCUCAGGGAGGGCCGGGCGAGGCCAAGGAACCUCUUCUGGAGGACAGUAGCGUAUAACCCCUGUAGAGGAGGGGCACGGACUCUGGAAGGAAAAAAAAAAACCCAGAAAAAACCCCCAGCUCUCCUCCCCCACCUGCCAUACGUGAGCAGUGCACCCUCCUCAGAGUCUUAAGAGGACCCCCCCCCCCCCCCCCCUUCCCGCGUAGUGCUUUGGGAGCUCCUACAGUAUGUCCCGACCGGCUGCUGUGAGGACGUGACAGGGUAGUGGGUAAGUUGUAGGGGCUGUGGGGAGACGGGGACUGGGGGGAGGGGGGGGGGGGAGGCGGUGUAGGUGUGUUACCUGGAGCUGCCCCUGGACCCUGUGAACCAGGGAAUGGACAAAAUAGGCUGUUGAUGCUUGUGCAGUGACAAAAAAAAAAAAAAAAAAAAAGCAAGCACACACUCACCUGAUCGAGUCUUGGUGAAGGUUAUAUCUUGAUUUUUACUAAGAUUUGUAUAGGGUUAUUUUUUGGUUUGUUUGUUUGUUUGUUUUUUGCUCGUUUUAUGACAUCGAUGUUCUUUCUCCAAAGAGGACACAGUAACAGUAACAGUGGGGAACUCUUCUGUAGUGACCAGCUACGAACUAACAUCUUUUUUUCGUUGUUGUUGUGGCUUUUUGUUGUAAUAUUGGAAGAGGAACAGAGGGGCUUGUGUGGAUGAACCCUGUG